UUCUGUAUAUUAAAUAAAAACUUCAACCAACUAUAACCAAGUGGAUCCAAGCAACUUGAUCUUUGGUACAACGAGAGUUGUUCUUUGAAUUCUUCCUCAAAUUAGAAAUCUUUCUUAAAACGGUCUCACAAAUAACAUAUUCUUCUUACAUCAUUCAUAUCAAGAUUUGAUCCAAAAUGACAGAUCAAACUUACAACAAAAAUGAUGAAAAAACUAGCCUAAAUCAUGCUUCUAUUGCAGCAAUGAUGGUACCAUUUCCAAUGCAAGGCCAUCUCAAUGAGACUCUUCAUCUAUCCAAUAUUAUAGCAUCAUAUGGGAUACCAGUUCAUUUUGCUGGAUCCACAGCACACAACCGCCAAGCCAAACUCCGCCUCCAUGGUUGGGACGACGAAGAAAGUACAAGUAAAAUGCACUUUCAUGACUUACAACUACCUCCUUUCACCUCAAUUCCUGCAAAAUUUAAUCCACAAACCAAUUUCCCUGGACACCUACAACCUCUAUUUGAUGCAACAUUAGAUCUUCGUCAACCUGUGUUCCGACUUCUGCAAGAACUCUCAGCCAAGUAUAGGAGAAUCAUAAUAAUUCAUGAUACUCUAAUGGCUUCAGUUGUUCAAGAUGUGAAAUUAUUCCCGAAUGCUGAGUCAUACGCUCUUCAUGGUGUUUCUGCAUUCACUAUUUUCUACCAUUUUUGGAACUCCAUGACUGACACACCUUUUGAGCUUGAUUCUGAUAUCAAAAUCAGUGGCAUUCCCUCGAGUGAAGGAUGCUUUACACCCGAGUUUGAAGCCUAUAUAGCUAAACAGUACAAAGUCUUGGAUUUCGAGAGCGGAAGAAUCUUCAACACAUGCAGAGAGAUAGAAGGUAGAUAUAUGGAGUUACUGUCAAAACUACCAGAAAAUGCUAAAAAGAAGUUUUUUGCACUUGGGCCUUUACAUCCAGUUGAGACAAAAAACAGGUUCAAUAAAAUCAGACAUAGAUGUCUUGAAUGGCUGGAUGAACAAGAGAUAAAUUCUGUAAUAUAUGUCUCUUUUGGAACAGCAACAUCACUGACAGAGGAACAGAUCAGUGAGUUGGCUAUUGGAUUAGAAAGAAGUGAGAAAAAGUUUUUAUGGGUGUUAAGAAGUGCAGAUAGAGUAGAUAUUUCUACUGAAGAUGAUGUGAUAAUAAGGCCUCAGCUUCCAAAAGGUUAUGAAUACAGAGUAAAGAGCAAGGGAAUGGUGGUAAGAGACUGGGCACCUCAGCUUGACAUUCUCGCACACCCGUCAGUAGGUGGGUUUAUGAGUCAUUGUGGUUGGAAUUCGUGCAUGGAGAGCAUCAGUAUGGGAGUGCCAAUAGCAGCAUGGCCUAUGCAUUCUGACCAGCCUAGGAACAGCAUUUUGAUAACAGAAGUUCUGAAAAUUGGUUUGUUGAUCAGGGAUUGGGAACACAGAGCUGAGGUGGUAACAUCUACUACAGUAGAGAAUGUUGUCAUAAGAUUGAUGACAUCAAAGGAAGGAGAAGAGAUGAGGAAAAGGGCUGCAGAGCUAAGUGUCGCAGUUCGAGGUUCAGUUGAAGAUGGUGGAAGUUCUCGCUUAGAAGUGGAUUCUUUUGUAGCUCAUAUCAGCAGAUGAUACUACUCUUGUAGCUCAUAUCAGCCUAUACUACUUGAACAUUGUUUCCUUGUGCUGCAACCUAGUCUUGUGGAUUGAAUAAUGUUACGUAAAUGUAACACAACAGAAGUUGUAUUGUCCCUUAAACAAUUUACUCUAGACAUAAUCAAGUCUGAGAAAUCCAUCAUCAAAUCUCAAGUAGGCUAAUUUGGAUUAUUCAGCAUAUAUAGGAUUUGUUAUGAAGUCUGUAAUAGGUAAAGUAUUGCACUACCAUUUUCUUUUUUUACCUUUCAAAUUUUAUAUCCUUGCACCUGCAAUUUCUAUGUG